CUGUAUUAUUUUUCUGUAUUAUAACGAAAUGUAAUAAUUCGCUGUCACAUCAAGAACAGCCGACAUAUGCAUACAUGAAAAAAUGGCGCCGAUUGACUCAGUGCUACCAAGGUCGACGUAGCAAUUUCAAAUGGCUUCAAAAAGAAUUCGACUUCUUUUUAAUCGUUUUUAACAAAAAUUUCACUAUCUUAUUCGUUUGAAAUAUAAUAUAAUAAAAUUGCAUAAAUAUGGUUACUUCUUUCCAUUGAUAGUUUGUAUGUUGACGUUAAUAACAAAAAUCGAUCUUUCCAUAAGAGGUAUAUAAAUAAAAACGAAAUGAGGACAUCGUCCGAGUUACAACUGUAAACUAUCGAUACAUAUUACCCUACAUAUGCAUAUAUUUAUUGUAAUUCUACAUUUUUUAUUUAAUAUGAAAUUGAUAUAUUAAUGUUGGUAGUAAUGUACCAUAGCAGAUACAAUCGAAGGUUAAUUUAAAUUAAAAUAAUUUACAAAAUUAUAUCUAUCUAAUAUGCACGAUGUUAAAGUUAACAUCGAAUAUUGUGAAACAUGUAACUAUAAGCCACAAUUUCUUGAUAUGGUCAAUUUAAUAGAGAAGAAUGUACCAACAGCCAAAGUCUCUGGGACCGAAGGAAAAGAAGGAUCCUUUGAAAUUAAAAUUAAUGAUGAAUUAGUUUAUUCAAAACUACAAACACUAGCAUUUCCUGACUACGAAGCAGUAUGUGAAACUAUCAAAGAUGUAUCAAAUGGUGAACCUGUAAAAAAAGUUACAAAACAACAACCUAUAGAAUGUACAAUAUCAUAAUAUUCUAGUUAAAAAAUUCCAGUUUUAAGUUUGGAUGACCAAUAGCUAAGCUCAACCACUCAGACACAUCUUUUCCACAAUCAAUGCCUUGAACUUUUUGUCCGCAAACUCUACUUUGGCAUAUUGUACCAUUUACAUAAUCUUCAGAAUACUUCAAAGGUACUUCUACUAAUGGCAUUCCUAAAAGAUUUAUUGUAAAAUGAAAAUAUUAAAUAGGAAUCAUUACAUCAUUAUUAGUAAAGAAAAAAUUUCUUUCUAAGAAUAGUUCAUUUCAGUUUUACCUGGAUAUGUUAAUCUUAUGACUUGCGUUUCUUUGGAUAUAAAUGGUUUAAUUAAACAAAGAUUAGUUUGUUGCUUUUGAGUCAAACAAAUUCCAUUUGAUGUCAUUAUCAUCCAUUCUCUAUCAUAUUCUAAACCUUUCUCAUUCAAAGUCCAAGAAGUAGUUAUUUCAAAUGCUCCACAUGAUUUUAUAGGAUAUAUAAACAAUCGUUUUAGAGUAAUAUUACUUCUUAAGUUAUUAGUAUUUUUUAAAUAUUUUGCACCAUAUAAAAAUGAUGAAUACCAUGCCUUAUCCUCAAAUUCUUUUGUAUUAUCUUUAUCAUUUAUAACAUAUUUCUUAUUAUUAGUCUCAACAUGAUUUAAUUUAUGUACUUCUGAUAUGCUUAAAUUUGUUUCUGAUUUGCUCAAAAAGCAUUUAGUUAUCAUUUGUAAUAAAGUCUCAACAUCUUCGAUCACAGACAUAUAUCCAAAUGAAAUUCGUAUAGCACCAGUUGGUUUACCAUUUAUUAUGUCUGCAGCACCACCACAUACAUAGCCUGCAUCAUAAUUUUGUAAAAUU